CUGUGCUGUGGUGUUUGCAUCGCUAUGCAUGAAACUCCGGAAAUAUGGUUGUUUGCAUAUAAAUUUGAUGCAUGGCAGAAGCGCUUACAAAUGUGAUAAACAUUAAAGAAGAAUAAAAUAUUCUCCAACUGAUUUUUAGGCUGUGUUUUCUCCAAGUUGAAAGUUUCUCCGUGUAUUCGCAAAGUGAUUUGAACUUUUAAUUUACGCACAGCUGCAUAAAAUCAAAACAAGUUCAUAAUGGCGGCCAUUCCUCCUCUAACGUCGAUGAUGAUUCCUGUCCUGAGCGCCCUGGAGGCAUGGUUGGCCCCGGGUCUCGGCCCAUACGUAGGGCUUCUCCAGACCAUCAGGACCGUCUUGCAAAUGUUUGCAGGUCUCAUAUUAUCUUUUCAAGGAGUUGAUUUAAUCACUUACUCCAUACCAGGCAUGACGGGCACCCGUACCAACCUAAUUCAGGUGCUUUACGACAACCUGCCCGCGUGGUGGACCAGAAUUACGAUGUCCCCAGUCCUCACGCAGGUGCCAGCCGCUCCGCAACGUGAUCCUUCAGGACUCUUCCACCCGUCCUUCUCGAGUUCAGUGUCGUUCACAUCCAGCGUCCUCAAGGCCAUCGACGAUGCUCAUAUGCGAUACGCAAACUCUUAGAAAAAUAUAUAACAUUUCGGCCUCAUUUUUAUGUGUGGAAUCCUAUAGGUACUUUGAAUUACUGCAUUCAUUUUCCUUUUGAAUAAUAUUAAACUUAGAAUACAUAUUUUAGGCUAGCAUUAGAAACGUGACGGCUGGCAUGUAAAUAUUUACGGCUGGCAUGUGAGUAUUUACGGCUGGCAUGUAAGUAUUUACGGCUGUCAUGUAAGUAUU